UAUUACUUCUCAUUAAGUGGACAUGGAUUAAAAAUAAAAAAUAAAAAAUAAAGAAAGGAAACAAAUUUACAUACAUGUCCAAAUCCCUGAAUCCCCUCCAAAGGCUCGAACAAACUUAGCCGCCUUAAUUAAUAACUUCCGCAUGCAACCUCAUGCAAUUAACCCCACUUACUACCAACUCAGGGACCUACACGUAAACCCUGCCUUAUUACACACGCUUAUGACGUAGCAAUUUUAUCCGGAACAAAUUGAAUAUUGAAUAUUUUAUUUGGUGUUGGCGUUAGUGUUAAUGUUCAGAAGGAUGGCUAACGUUAUAGCUUCCUCGUCUUCGGCUGCUCUUACAUUCGAUCUACUAGCGAGAUGUUCCACAACUCGAGCGCGAGCCUCGAUCUUAACCCUUCCUCAUGGACCGGUUCAGCUUCCUGUCUUCAUGCCUGUGGCAACACAGGCGUCUUUAAAGGGUCUAACUCCAGAACAGUUGGAAGAGACUAGCUGUCGUCUAUGCCUAAAUAAUACUUAUCACCUGGGCUUGAAGCCUGGACAGGACGUGCUCGCUGCAGUCGGAGGAGCACAUAAACUGCAAGGAUGGAAAUAUAACUUACUUACAGACAGUGGAGGGUUUCAGAUGGUCAGUUUACUCAAACUUGCCAAUAUUACGGAAGAGGGUGUCAGAUUCUUAAGUCCCCAUGACGGCACACCAAUGCUUCUUACCCCUGAACACUCUAUAUCCCUCCAGAAUACCAUCGGCAGCGAUAUCAUGAUGCAGCUAGAUGAUGUACUUGUGACUACCUCGCCAGAUGCCGUACGGAUGCGGGAGGCGAUGGAGCGCAGUGUCAGAUGGUUGGAUCGGUGCAUAGCCGCUCAUAAAAACCCAGAUACGCAGAAUCUUUUCUGUAUUAUUCAAGGCGGCUUAGACCUCGACAUGCGAAGGGAGUGCUGUAAGGAGAUGGUUGCUCGAAACACGCCGGGUAUCGCCAUUGGCGGACUCAGCGGUGGUGAGGCGAAAGCAGACUACUGUAAGGUCGUAGUUACCUGCACUGAGCUCUUGCCAGAGCUGAAACCUCGAUACGUGAUGGGAAUCGGGUAUCCCGAGGACCUGGUCGUCAGUGUUGCUCUAGGAGCCGACAUGUUCGACUGCGUGUGGCCCACACGGACAGCGCGGUUCGGAAACGCAAUCACAAAGCACGGGGUCCUCAACCUUCGCAACGCCAAAUACACCAACGACUUUGGGCCGAUAGAAGAUGGCUGUGGGUGCAUAUGCUGCCGCAAAGACGGGAUGGGCAUCACCCGGGCAUUCGUGCACCACAACACGGCUAAAGAGACGGUGGCUGCACAUUUGCUUACCAUGCACAACGUCUGGUACCAACUAGACCUUAUGAGGCAGGUUAGAGAAGCGAUUAUCGCCGACAGAUACCCGGCCUUCUUGCGGCGGUUUUUCGCGAACCUAUACCCGGAUCAAGCUAAUUACCCGAAAUGGGCGGUAGAUGCCUUGCGGGGCGUAGGAGUAGACUUAUAUGAAGAUAUUUGAAAAGUUUACUAGUUCUCGUUUAUGUGGUUAUGAAGCCGUGAUGUCCCGAAUGUUUACCGGGUUUA